AUGGAUAUGGAUCUAGCGGUUUGGGGUUCAGUGUGGCUCAGAUUGGUGGCUUGUGUCUUGUUUGUUCUCCUGCAAUGGACAGAAAGUGUAACACUUCUCAAGACCUCAACACUCUGCCUGGACAACCCUUGCCAACACCAGUCAGAGUGCAGGGAAGCCCCAUCUGAUUUCCUGUGCCAGUGUCAGACGACUGUGCCAGUCCUUCCCAGCACGCGUUGCGAUUCUUCCAGUACGCUCUGCCAACUGUCUAUCUGCCAGGGCAAUGCGACAUGUCAACCCACCGGCGCCCACCCAGGGGAACUAGUUUGCCAGUGUGAGUCCAGCCUGUUGGGACAGGACUGUCUUUCCAGUGCCCAGCUCUGCGCUCAGGGGCUUUGCAGGGACAGUGCCCACUGUCUGGCAGUGCAAGACCAGAGCCCAGGGUACGCAUGCAUCUGUCAGGAGGGUUACACUGGGAGUUCUUGCGAGAAAGAGGUGGACCACUGCUCUCCUAACCCCUGCCGAAACCGCGCCAUCUGCCGCAGCAGAAGGAACGGGCCCACUUGCUUCUGCGUGCCAGGAUUCCAAGGCCAGCUCUGCGAGAUUGAGGUGAAUGAAUGUGUGUCGAGGCCUUGUAGGAACGGAGCCACCUGUGUGGACAAGAUCGGGCACUACAUCUGUCUCUGCAGGCCUGGAUACAUGGGUAGCAGCUGUGAGCUGGAGAUUGAUGAGUGUCAGUCACAGCCCUGUCUCCACGGCGCCAGUUGCCAUGACCACAUCAAUGGCUUCACGUGCACAUGCCUGGCGGGUUUCCAGGGCGAGAGCUGUGAAAUCAACAUCGACGAGUGCCGUGACCAGCCAUGCCAAAACGGGGCUCUGUGUGUGGAUGAAAUAAAUAGCUACCGCUGUGACUGCUCACAGACUGCUAACUUCACUGGUGUUGACUGUGAGAUCCCCCCUCCGCCCUGCUGGUCUCAGCCCUGCCUCAACAGCGCCCUCUGUGAGGAUCAACAGGAGAACUACACUUGCAACUGCUGGCCAGGGUUUGAGGGGCGUAACUGUGAGGCAGACAUCAGUGAAUGUGAAAGCAGCCCCUGUGUGAAUGAAGGCAUUUGCAUGGAGCUUUCUUGGAAAUCACUUUACGGUACUGAGCCCCUGUUUCCAGCUAAAUACAAUCCCAGACGUGCUUCCGGGUUCAUCUGCAAGUGUCCGCCAGGAUUCUCAGGUGCCUUGUGCGAGCAAAACACAACUGCCUGUACCACCAGCCCAUGUCAUAAUGGAGCCACAUGUGAAGACUUUCUAGGCAGCUACAAGUGCAUCUGCCCUUCUGGAAGCCAAGAUGGAGUCCUCUACGGUGGUCGCAACUGUAGUGAGCCUCUUACGGGUUGCAAAGGUCACGAGUGCCAGAAUGGAGCGUCCUGCAUCCCAUUCCUCAGCGAAGGUGUACAUGGAUACAGUUGCAUCUGUCAGCCUGGCUACACCGGCUCUUACUGCCAGACGCUCACUGUGUUCUCCUUUGAGACAAGCAGAGGAUUCCUGCACCUGCAGACCCCGCUGCUGGGUGCAGAAACAUACUUCAAUAUCACGCUAAGCUUUCGCACGGUUCUGGAGAACACGGUGCUCUUCCAAAGGGGCAGUGAAGGGGUCACACUCACCCUGGAGCUGCAGGAGACACACCUGAUUCUUGAUCUUAAGACUGACCCUCAGCCAAACGCAACCAGCUGGACGCUGAUGUUGCCUCUGGUUGUAUCUGAUGGUGAAUGGCACACAGCAGAAGCCGUACUUGGAGAGGGUACCCUGCUGCUGCAGCUGCUGGAGCCAUGCCAGGGUGGAGAAAACUGUGGUGCAACAGCCCAAGUGGAGAUCGGCGCCCUUGAGCUGGAGUCAGCCUUACAAAGCACCUUUGUUGGAGGAUUGGAUGAGGGAGGGAGCUCCAGUUCAUUCAUCGGCUGCAUGAGGGACUUGCUUGUGGACUCUCAGCUGAUGAUACCGGAGGACUGGUUGAGCAGCUCAGCAGUAAAUGUUGUGCAGGGCUGUAGCCAUCAUGACCGAUGCCUUUCUGGCCCAUGCGAGAACCAUGGAGAAUGUGUUAACCUUUGGCAAGGUUACCAGUGCAAAUGUCUGCGACCAUAUGUGGGUCAAAACUGCGAUGAGGAAUAUAUUACUGCCAGAUUUGGCCAGGAAGACUCAACAAGCUAUGCUGUCUUCACCAUCAAUGACGAACCUGACUCGGAAACACUUUAUCUAUCCUUGUUCUUGCGUACUCGAAAGGACUCUGGUCUUUUGGUGCUGCUGGCCAACAGCACCUCUGACUACUUUCAGGUGUGGCUGGAAAAGGGAAGACUGAGAGUUCAAGUCAACAACUUGAAGACAGUAUCUGGUGAAAGGGUACUUAAUGAUGGUGAGAGACAUUUUGUCAGUGUCACCAUCGAGGAUGGCAUGAUGACUCUGCAGGACUCGGAUCGUGAAUUCGAAGCAACAUAUGUUCAACCUGUUUCCAUUCAGUUUGGGGAUACGGUCAAUGUCGGUGGCCUGUUUGAUGUACAAGCCUUAACUGCGUUUGGUGGACAUUUUAAAGGGUGCCUACAAGACGUGCAGCUUAAUGAGAAGAAGCUUGAGUUUUUCCCAAUUGAUACUUCUGUGAUGUCGUACAAACCUGACCGCAUGGAUGAAGUUACUGCAGGCUGCACCAGUGACGACACUUGCUCUAAAAAUCCUUGCCAAAAUGGUGGCAUCUGCUUUUCUUCAUGGGAUGAUUUUACUUGCAACUGCCCUCCUAACACAUCAGGACAACACUGUGAGGAGGUGAGCUGGUGUGACCUCAACCCCUGCCCACCACAAGCAACAUGCCGUGCCCUAAACCAGGGCUAUGAAUGCAUUUCAAACGUGACUUUCCAGGAGAACACCACACUUGUAUACCAAGGGAAUGGGCUGAUAUCCCGUCAUCUGAGCAGUAUUGUUUUUAAUAUCCGUACACGUAAGCGCAAUGCCAUAGUGUUGCAUGCAGAGAGUGGAUCAGAGUUUGUAACUGUCUCUCUUCAAGAUGGAUUUCUGGUUCUUGAGCUUCUAAGUGGACCUACUACUUCAUCAUCAUUGUCACCAGUAACCCUCCACAGCCCAAGGGUAGUGGCUGAUGGGGAAUGGCAUGUUAUAGAGCUGUUAAUGGCCAGUCCAGGGUCUAACAGCUCCCACUGGAUUAUGGUCCCCCUAGAUGAAAAGGAUGAGCCUACUAAAUCAGACUCUAUGACCGGAAAUCUAGACUUCCUCAGAGAGAGCGUGUAUAUCAUGCUAGGAGGACUAGGCCCUGAUUCUGGCUCCAAUCUGAUUGGUUGCUUGAGUAAUGUUGAGAUUGGUGGAAUCGUGCUUCCGUAUUAUGGUCAGACUGAGGUGAGAUUCCCACGCACACAGGAAGAAAUGUUCAAUAGGAUAUCAGAGGAGCCUGUUCAAACUGGCUGUUUCGGGGAGGUGGUGUGUGAGCCCAAUCCCUGCCUGCAUGGAGGCAUCUGUGACGAUCACUUCAACCUUUUCCACUGCUUCUGUCUUCCUGGCUGGGGCGGUGAUCACUGUGAGCUGAAUAGAAACACCUGCGCCUCCAACCCCUGUCGACAUGGAUACUGUAGCGUGCAGGACCUCACAUACAACUGCACAUGUGAGGAUGGCUACACCGGUACCAACUGUGAGGUGAAGGUGGAUGCUUGUGCCGGUCACAGGUGUGCUAAUGGAGCGACCUGCUUGCGUGGCUUCAACAUGUAUUCCUGCCUCUGUCCCGACAAGUUUACUGGGCCAUUUUGCAACAUUCAGAUUGAAGAGGUUCCGUGGUACGUAGUUGUCAGGAACAUACCGCCAAAGCUCCCGGUGUCCAUCUGUGGCGAUGAACAGCAGAACUACACAUGUUUCAAUGGGGGGAACUGUUCUGACACUAACAUGCCGUGCGACUGCCACCCUGGGUUUUCGGGUCACUGGUGCGAACUAGAACUUGAUGAAUGUAGAUCCAACCCUUGCAAGAACGGUGGCUACUGCCAGAACAUGGUCAACAGGUUCCAGUGCGUCUGUGAAAUGACUUUUGCCGGCGAGACCUGCGAAGUGGACCUGAACACAGAGAGUGUGACGUCGCAGCUGUUGCUGUCCAUCAGCCUGGUGUGUGUGGUUCUGCUGUUGGUCGUUUUUGGUGUGACCACAGCUCUGGUCAUUGCACUGAACCGGAGGGCCACACGAGGCACUUACAGCCCCAGUCGGCAGGAGAAGGAAGGUUCGAGAGUGGAGAUGUGGAACAUUGUACAACCUCCACCGAUGGAGAGACUCAUCUGAUGAUUUUUACAUGACGACGGAGAAAAAAAAGUGCUUGAUUAUGUGGCAGCUAGAAGAGUUGGACCAUUUUUGAUUGGACAAUCUUCCACUUAAUGGAUGUUUAAUUUAUAAUAGUGCGUGAUGAUCGCCUGCCAUUGGUGUAAUAUACCUCUGAAAAGCUUUAGGAUUCAUUGAUUGGUGAAAUGUGAAGUGUUUUUUUAUAAUAGACAGGUGCUUCAAUGCAAUGCUGCUCAACAAUCACCGUUAAUUAGAACAAAUUUAAGAGUUCAUGAGCAAUGUGAUUUCAGGGUGGAUAAUAUUUUUCAUCUAGAUGCAUCAAGUUGUUUUUAAGUGUUCCUGCUGCCGGUGAGCUGUAAAAUUGACAUAUGAAGGAGAAAAAAGCACCACUUCUAUGUAGAGCAUAGAUCUCGAACUGGAUUCCUGGAGGGCCGCGGCUCUGCACAGUUUUGCUCCAACCCUAAUCAAAAACAGCUGAUCCGAAUAGUUCAAGACUACUAGAGACUGUUAAGCUAAAGAUGUGAGUUGGAGGUGGUUGGAGCUAAACUAUGCAGAGCUGUGGCCCUCCAGGAAUUGGGUUUGAGAUGAUUAAUGUAGAGUUUUUAGGCAUGUGCAAUGCUUAAAGGGGAAGUCCACCCAAUGAAGGUAUUAAUGUACACUCCACUUGUUCCAAACCUGUUUCAGUUUCUUUCUACUGUUGAACAAAUGAAAAUGUACAGUACUAAAAAAUGUUGGGGCAAAAAACAGGCAUCAACUUCCAUUGUUUCUUUUGUUUCUAAUAUGGAUGUCAAUGACCAAUGCUGUCGCACGGCAAUUCGUAACUUUUUGAUUUAGUGGCUAAUUAAUAUGAAUUUGUACGAUCGCAUACGAACAAUUUAGUACGAUUUGCUCAUCCUCCAAUGACAGUUGGGUAACAGGUGGGGUUGGGUGCCAAACCUCCUUUUUAAGAUCAUACAUUUUCAUAUGACUGAAUUCAUACGAAUUAGCCACUAAAGUCACAAAAUGUAAAAUUACGUUGUCUCGUGAGAUCAGGCUGCAAUGACUGCUUCUGUUCCAGCAUUCUUUAGAAUAUUGUUUAGAGUUCAACAGAAGAAAGAAAUAUAAAAGUUUAAAUCCACUUGAGUGUGAGUAAAUGGAGAGGAAAUGUAUAUUUUUGGGUGAACUAUCUCUUUAACAUGAUUUAAAAGCUGUUUUAGUUAUACAUAUGUGCCAUGAACAUUUUCUUGUGUUCAUGAGUGUUUUUCCCCCACUA